AUGUCUUCCGACGAAAUCGUCUGGCAGGUCAUCAACCAGCAGUUCUGUUCGUUCAAGUUAAAACUCAACACCAAGGAACAAACCUUUUGCAGAAACGAAUACAACCUUACCGGCUUCUGCAACCGACAGUCCUGCCCACUCGCGAACUCACGCUACGCCACCGUCCGCCCAGACCCGGAGACGGGAGCUCUGUGCCUGUUCAUCAAGAGCCCCGAACGGGCCCAUCUGCCCUCGAAAUGGUGGGAGAAGAUCCGGCUGCCCAACAACUAUGAAAAGGCCCUCGCGCAGAUCGACGACAAGCUCGUGUACUGGCCGAAAUUCUACGUCCACAAGUGCAAGCAGAGGCUGACGAGGCUGACGCAAGUGGCGAUCCGGGAGAGGAGGAUCGCCAAGGAGGAGGAGAGGCUGGGCGAGAAGCUGGUGCCCAGACUGGCGCCCAAGGUGCGUCGGAGAGAAGAGACGAGAGAACGCAAGGCCGAGAGCGCCGCAAAGGUCGAGAGGGCCAUUGAGAGGGAGCUGAUUGAGCGGCUGAGGAGCGGCGCGUACGGCGAUAGACCGAUCAACGUCGAGGAGGGCGUGUGGAAGAAGGUGCUGAGAGGUCUGGAGAGGGCCGAGAAGGGCGAAGAAGAGGACGACGAAGAAGAGGAGGAGGAAGUUGAGGUCGAAGGCGAGGCUGAGGUCGAGUACGUUUCAGGCAUGGAGGAGAGUGACGCCGAAGAAGAAGCGAUGGAAGAUUUCGACGACUGGUUCGGUGGAGAGAGUCCCGAUGAAGAUGAGUUCUCUGAUGAGGAUGACGACGACGAGGACAGCGACGACGACGACGACGAUGUAUCGGAGGACAACGAGGAUGACGGUGCCGGCCUGGGCAAGAAGAGGAAACGAGCAGCGCCACCUCCUUCCGCGAAGAAACAACCCAAGAAACGAGGCAAGGUGGAGAUCGAGUACGAGACCGAGUUGCCACAGAAGCAAUCCGUCUACGCCUGA